AACCUAGCGCCGAUAAGCCGCUGCUGCUGCUGCUGCUGACGUGUUCCGGCAUGUGAACAAUAAUAGUGACCAAUCAACUCGGACGCAACUUAUCUCUCCGGUAUUAUUGUUGUAGAACGGUUUCGGGGAUGAUGAGUCCACAAAAUUUGAUUGUUUUAUGAUUUUUUUGUCGGUGUAUUUCCUCAAAUCAACCGAAUGCUAUAACUCUGGUGGCUGGAUAUACAAAGGCACGGCCGACCGGAUGAAGUGACCAUUAGUUAUACGGAACUGGUGACGAGUGGACAGAUUUUUUAUUUCGAGAAGUAGUAAAGCGAAGGAAGUGUGCUCUGAACCAUUAUGAAGUUUCUUGUUUUGAUAGUGCUGGCCUGCGGACAGCUCGUCCUGUCCGGUACGAUUAGAGAAUCCACAUCCAUCGAUGCCACCGAACCACUGUCGGAAGAUACCGAAGUCCUGAUCGAGUUCGACCGUUUGUUCAACAAGCUGCACUACGACAUCGACUACAAGCUGCGAAUCUAUCGGAUGCAACACUCGGUCCGGGUGAAGAAUCUGAAUGCGCAGUUCAUCUCCCGGUACGCUUUCGCCAUCACCGAUAUCCAGCAUAUGAAACAGCACGCGAAGGAGCAAAUUCUCGAGCAUGCACUCCAGAUCGGCGAUACGCAGAAUCCGUGUAUCGUGGCAGCCAACGAUGAAGCCCGGCGACGUGCCACGCAAGCGGCAAAGGAUUUGAGCAUCGUGUCGGAAAAGGUGUACGGUGAAAUGGCGACCCUGACCAGUGUGCUAUUUUUCCCGAUCGUACAGGAAUUUCAGACCAAUUCGUCCGCCUUCCAGUGGACCGUACUGGACAAGCUGUCCCGGGACAAUGCCGUGAUCCACAUCCAGGAGACGUUGGCCGAUUUGGCGUCCUUCUAUAUGCAAAAUUCCAACACCGUCGAACGGGUGAUCGCGACGUUGGAUCACGAGAUCGAAGUGUUUCAGGAUGCGGCCAACGAGCUACGGCAGAGCACCUGGCCGGAGAUCGAUGAAAUCGGCCGUAGCUACAUUUUCAACAUGGAACAGCUGAUUGAGGAGGCGCUUGAGUGCUCGUAAAUGUUAUCUUGGUUGAUAUGUUAAUAAAUAAAUGGUUAUUUUUGCCACUUGAUAAUCUAA